GGCAUUUUCUUGUUCAAAAAGGUUUCAAGAUACUUACGUGAUCGUAUUGCCUACUAAAAACCGCGGCUUAUGCUUCUUUUAGGAGACGAACCGGCUGCUUCCUUUGAAAAAACCCCCCGCAUCUCACCGCCUUGGCUAAACAUUCCUUGGUCCCGCCUCAAGCUGGCGGCCUAUGUCUUCGUCCACUCCAGAACCCGCGAUAAGCUCCCAACUGCCGGCGGAUAAUGACAGACGUCAACCGCAGGCUGGCUCAGAGGUUGAUGACCAGGCAAAGGAGCUAAUCGGCACCGAAGAUGGGGCGGCAGCCAACCCUUCGUCUGCGGAGGAUGGCGCGAACUCCGCAACAAAGUCCCUAACCUUUUCCCAGACGGACAAUCAAGUUGGGUCUUCUACUCGAGCAGAUGAUGUCAAAAUAAAUGCCACUCCUUUGCAUACAGAAGACAAUGGAACAAGCGAGGAAACAGCGGGUGCUGGGAACGUGGACUUGGCCGUGCCGACGGCGAAGCUUACCAUCUCUGAAGGAGACGCUGAGGCUUCAUCGGAGGCCAUCCCAGACACGAACAUGCCACGACCGAUCGUUACGUCUCCUUCGCCGCCUCCACCCCCUCCAAAAGAUGAGGUAUAUCUCGACCCCACCCCGAAGACUCCAUUGCCUUCGAAACCUCCGUCCCGCGCGGAUUCAUACUCUUCGAAAUCACUGUCACAUGGAAAAGGAAAGGAGAUCGAUAAUGAUGAGAGAAACAAUGUGGAGCACCGAAGCGACUCAUCUUCAGAAGACGAGAAGCAGGCAGGGUCAGGCGAAUCCGACACAGAGAUCCAGAGCAUCAUAGAACAAUUCAAAGGCAACCUCGAAAACUCGAACACAGAUGCAAAAUUGGAUCCAAGGGUCAAAUUUGCGAAUCAUAUGGCAGGCUCUCCGCCCCCUUUUCCGCCGCGGCGAUCGAGUCUCGAACCUCCGCCUGGUGGAGUGGAUAAUAACGCCAUACCAAAUGAGGGGCGACUGUCGGAGAAGGAUUCGGAUGUGGCACCCGCAGUGCCACCUAAGCCUUCCGACUAUGCCGCAUAUAAAAGUGUAGCAUCAGCUGAGGGCCAGCCACUGCCGGGCUCGCCAACCUCACAUAAGUCUCACCAUCAAGCGCCUCCGCCUGCGCCAGACCCGGAGCCUGCUUUGCCGUUUGACUUUCAGCGGUUCCUCGAACAGCUCCGUCAUCGAACAGCCGAUCCAAUUGCAAAAUAUCUCCGGUCGUUUCUGUUGGAAUUUGGUAAGAAGCAAUGGAUGGUACACGAACAAAUAAAGAUCAUCAGCGACUUUUUGGCUUUCAUAACCAACAAGAUGGCUCAUUGCGAAGUAUGGAGAGGCGUCUCGGAUGCUGAGUUCGACAAUGCAAAAGAGGGAAUGGAGAAGCUUGUCAUGAAUCGGUUAUAUUCACAAACUUUCUCCCCAGCAAUUCCGCCCCCACAGCCGAUUCCUGGCGCAAAGGCUAAGCGUCGAGGUGACGUUGUUCUGGGACCAGGCAGACGAGGGCAGCACCAGGAGGAUGUCGAAAGAGAUGAGGUUCUCGCGCAGAAAGUUCAGAUUUAUGGCUGGGUGAGGGAACAACAUCUUGACAUCAAACCAGUGGGACCCGGCGGUAGAAAGUUUUUGACCCUUGCACAGCAAGAGCUGCUUAAGAUCAAAAAUUAUCGUGCCCCCCGAGAUAAGGUUAUAUGCAUUCUCAAUUGCUGCAAAGUUAUCUUUGGCUUACUGCGUCAUGCCAAGUCGGAUCAAUCAGCUGAUUCUUUCGUACCGCUACUGAUUUAUGUCGUCUUGCAAGCGAAUCCAGAGCAUUUAGUUUCUAAUGUUCAAUACAUUUUGCGAUUCAGAGACCAAGACAAACUCAGUGGAGAAGCAGGAUAUUAUAUUUCCUCCCUGAUGGGGGCUAUCCAAUUUAUAGAAAACCUUGACCGCACCAAUUUGACGGUCUCGGACGAUGAAUUUGAGAAGCAUGUCGAAGUCGCAGUAUCUGCCAUUGCGGAAAAGAACCGCAAAGAUGAGGCACAAAUAGUGCCCUCGCAAGGCCGGGUACCUGAAAAAUCCGCCCUCAGCCAGCCUGAGGUCACACCCCGGAGUUCUUCGAGCAUUGAACGCUCCGAUCCUCGUCGGGCGGCUGCUUCAUCAGAUGCUAUUGCAGUUCCAAUUGAUGGGGAUGGAACUGAAGACAAUGACGCCGUGACCGGUCUUUUGAGGACCAUUCAAAAGCCCCUGUCCACGAUUGGUCGGAUCUUCUCCGAAGAUAAUGUAGUUUCACAGCCGCCAAAUGCCGGCAAUCAACGGGGCUACCCUGGCAUAGCAAGCCAGCUCAAACGCGCCCCUGAGUCAUCUCCGGAGCUUCAAACUGCCAGCGGUGAGGCAAGGCGACCUACACGCGAAGAGGUUCGCCAAACUCGAGAGCGAAGUAGGCUUCGCGCCGAAGAUGCAGCCGCCCGACAAGCAAGCGCUGAGGCUGCAGAGGCCCAACGGAUACAGAGAGCUGAGCAUAACGAUGUGGUCGAGACCUUAGCAGGCAUGUUUCCUGAUCUGGAUAAGGAAGUGAUUGACGAUGUCGUAAGACUAAAGGAAGGAAGGGUUGGACUUGCUGUCGAUGCUUGCUUAGCACUAAGCUCAUAGCUGGCUUCAUAUUUCAAGUCUUUACUGAUUCAUGUUCGCUGGCGUUGGGUUGUUUUGGAUUGGACAAAGGAAUUGGCAUUUGGAGCGUCCUCGCUAUCCCUGGCAUUUUUGGUGGUCAUUUGCCAUUUCAUAUUUUGCACUUUGCAUUGCUUUUGUAGAAAUGUAAUCUUCUCCGAAGACAAAUCUGUGGGAUUUGCUGGCCUUGUCAGUCAUUCAUGUUUCUGCUUAUGACGUAGGAUAACCGUCGGUGAAGGGCGCGAGCCUCAUUUGGCAAACAAACAGUGAAUCUCAGGCCCGGGGAACAGGUGACUCAAGAGGUAUUUGUCACGGAAACGAUUGUCCUGGAAACAUGACGCGUCCUCUCUCAUCUUCACUUUCAUCUUCAUCUUUCUCAUUUGUCAAGCUGCGACUGUCAAUCAUCGAUCCACUACACGGCUCAAGACAUUCGAUAACAAUAACAUACUAAGCUCUGACC